AUGGAGAUGACCAACAGCUCCCUGCAUAACCCAUCCAUCCUGCACGUGGAGUUCAUGCCGCUAAAUGACUACGUUGAGGACAACGAGACGAACUCCACCGCCGGAGAGCGAAACUCGCCGGGCUGCGUGCAGAUCCGCAUCCCUCAGGAGCUUUUCCUGGCGCUGGGGAUCAUCAGCCUGGUGGAGAACAUCCUGGUGGUCCUGGCCAUCUACAAGAACCGCAACUUGCACUCGCCCAUGUACUACUUCAUCUGCUGCCUGGCGGUGUCCGACAUGCUGGUCAGCGUCAGCAACGUGGUGGAGACCAUAUUUAUGCUUCUCAACGACCACGGCCUGAUGGUCGUUCACCCCGGCAUGCUGCGCCACCUGGACAACAUCAUCGAUGUGAUGAUCUGCAGCUCCGUGGUGUCCUCGCUCUCCUUUCUGUGCACCAUCGCCGCGGAUCGCUACAUCACCAUCUUUUACGCGCUGCGUUACCACAGCAUCAUGACCACGCAGCGCGCUAUCAUCAUUAUUGUGGUGGUGUGGCUGGCCAGCAUUACCUCCAGCAUCCUCUUCAUCGUGUACCACACCGACAAUGCCGUCAUUGUAUGCCUCGUGACCUUUUUCUGCACCACCCUGGUGUUUAACGCCGUGCUGUACCUACACAUGUUCCUCCUGGCGCACGUACACUCCCGGCGCAUCGUGGCUUUUAACAAAAACAGGCGCCAAUCCACGAGCAUGAAGGGAGCAAUGACCCUUACCAUCCUGCUCGGGGUCUUCAUUAUAUGCUGGGGCCCCUUCUUCCUCCACCUCAUCCUCAUCCUGACCUGCCCCACCAGUCCGUUCUGCAACUGUUUCUUUCGAAACUUUAACCUUUUCCUCAUCCUCAUCAUCUGCAACUCGCUCAUCGACCCGCUAAUUUACGCCUACCGGAGCCAGGAGCUGCGUAAAACCCUGCAGGAGCUGGUGCUGUGCUCCUGGUGCUUCGGUGUGUGAGCGACACAUUUAGGUGGAGAACGAGAGCAUCAGGGUAUCGCAAAUGUCUGCUUCGUCUUUAUCCUGAAUGUACGUUGUGCACAGAAGCUGAGGUGCAGUGACUGAGGCAUGCAGGUGAUGCCCAUGCGCAACUGUAUCUCUGAUAAACACUUAUGUGCAACGCAUCAUGGAUUUUCGGAUGGCCUGUAGUCCGAUGUGCGGGUUUAUUCACUGUAGUGUUGAGUACAGAGGUCCCUGCAUUGUGAAACACUGGACACUUCAUCCAAUAGUGACUCUUUCACUACGAAAGAUCCUCAGAUUGGAUACUCUUAUUUAUGGCACUCAUUAGGUUACUGGACUGAAUUAUAAUAACUGGCAAUCAUUUUUAUUUUUGUUAAAACAAAAGUAUUUCACUUUCUAAAUCAGCUUGGGUUUUCUAGUAUAUAAAGGGCCUCUUAAGCAGUGCAAAUCACUCUCAACUCCUUCUAAAGGCUAUUCACACUACAGGAAAAUAAACUGGAAAAAUGCGUUGGAAAUAGUCAAAUCAAUUAUAGGCCAUCUCUGAAGUGAAUUUCUUCCUUCAUUGAAUUAAAAGUGGAUGUUAGUAAAGUGUACCUGCAUUUCUAUACAGCCAAUGGGGUACACAGUCAGUGGGUAGACUAUCAUUAGACCUCAGCCUGCUCAGUAAUGUGUUAUUGGCCCUUGAAAUAUGAACAAAUGAGCCCGCAUUGCGCAAGGAGUUGGAUCUAUAUCUUAGCUUUUUAAAGUCAACUAUACUCAACGAUUGACAAAACAAGCGUUGACAUGCAAUGCUAAAAAGACAUUGUGACGGGUAAUAGAGAAUUCCCACGUGAGCACAGAUGUUUAAUUUCCAUAUCCGGGCCUUGGGACCUUGAGUCAUUUAAACGCUGUUAUAUAGAAAUAAUUCACAGCUUUGCGCAUCGCAUAAUGCGAAAAACUGAAACAUUAUUUUCUAACGAGAAUAAUAUUUACUGCUGUUAAAACAGAUACAAAAAUAUUUUUUAUUUCGCAAUGAAUUAUCCAGGGUUAUUAGUUCAAGCUGGGUGCUUGAAAUAGACCCGAUGACAGACGAGACAAAAGCAUUGAAGUCAACCUUUUGUCUUAAUGACAUGAAGCGUAUUAAAGAGGCUCGUUGCAGUCUAAUUAUUGGCGUUGUACUGUAUGUGAAUUAUUUCUCCAGAAAUAAAUGUUCGGAUGACUGAGGAAAAAAACAAAAGAGAUGGGCAAAAUCACAUGAACGGCCUCGUUUAGUGGGCCAGAGGCCCGGGGCAUCAGCGGAUUUAUGAAAGAAGGCAUAUCAAAGUUAGUGUGUGGUCCUGGAAAUGUGCAAAUGGACAGCUUCUAAAAGAUUUGGGGCCUCAUGUCAGUCAUGGGGUCAAAAAGGGGCUCUGGGCCAGGGGGGCUGUCGAUGUUUUUGUAAAAUAGAUUUUUCUUUUAAACUGCUAUUAGACCAAAGGUACGAAAGUCCAGGCAAACAGUCCAAAGACAACGCAGACUUUAUUAAUGGUGUCAGUAGGCUAAUAUGUCCCUAAAUGUAUUAUGAAACUUACUGCUCUGGAAAUAUAAAGUGAUAUCCCAUGAUAUCCUAUUCUUUAUUGAUCCUAAGGAUUUAUUGUAAAUAUGACCAACAUUUCAGACUCUACCUGACCUUUAGAAACACUAAAAUACAGUCAUAUGUCUGUAUAUGAGCCAUGAAUCUUCUCACACACACUGCUGAGUUAGCUAAUAUAUUAUGGAGGCUGUCUGACAAGACAAAAAUAUUUCAACUUAACGAUGAUGGCUACCAUGUAGUGUGACAAUGUAUUAUCCAGUAUUGUCAAUUAUAUAGACUGUUGUACACUGUUGUACUUGAAUAAUGCUUGCCAGAGUAUUUGUUGCUGAGUAAUAUAUCAUUUACAUGCCCCACACUGUUCUCACUUAGUUCAAUGUCAUUGUUUUAUUGAUUUUUAAAUUAUAACUCAGUUUAUGUUUAUUUUAUUUUAUUUUGUAGUGCAGUACAUGGUAUUCUUGUAUUCAUACCAUAACUUCAUUGUAUUUUUUUCUCUUCUUGGUGUGGGAGGAUUGUGAGUAAACUAGUCUGGUAUCUGCUAUAAAUCUUAAAAGACGAUUUUAAAGGUAAUGAGACUGUGGUGUGCUUCAGUAUAUGCUCUGAAGUACACCGGGUUGUAAAUUCUGCAUGUUUAACUUAAAGUUACGUCAAAAUGCAUCCCAUGUUAACUUGAAACUAAAACAGGACUAUGUUGUACAGUUAUAUGUUAUAUGUAAUCUGUCAAAUUGUUUACAUUAUAUCUAUGUGUCUCAAAUAAAGAGGCCAAAACAGCAA